UAACAAUUACAAAAACAAAUGGUUUACUCGAGACCGUCGACGUACACGUGCCGAAUUUCUGUUACUAUUUAUUGUUUUGAAACCUUAUUGCUGAUAUAAAAUUUUCAAUUUGUUCGUGCUACUUCAACGCAAUUAAAAUUUGUCGUUUUCAACGCGACAGACGAGGCAAACUGCCCCGGUACAAUACGGUUGCUUGAAUAAGCCAUAAGACUGGAAUUGUCUUUUUGCGCAAACUUACCGGACAAACAAGCACAAUGAAAAGUCGAUAUUCUACUUUGGACGUCAUGUGCGUAGUCAACGAGUUGCAAAAAUAUAAAGGAAUGAGACUCCAAAGAGUUUAUGACAUUGACCACAAAACAUAUUUAUUUAAAUUUCAACUUAACAACGAAAAGUGUGUUUUGUUAUUGGAAUCGGGAAUUCGCUUGCAUGCUACUAACUAUGAUUGGACUAAAAACGAUGCUCCGAGCAGUUUUAGUAUGAAGUUAAGGAAGCAUCUAACGAAUAAGCGUCUUGAAAAUUUGUCCCAAUUGGGAUUUGAUAGAAUUAUUGAUCUUCAGUUUGGUGUCGGAGAAGCUGCUUAUCAUGUUAUUCUAGAAUUAUACGACAAAGGAAAUAUAAUUUUAGCAGAUAAAGAUUACAUUAUGAUUAAUAUAUUACGACCACAUAAUGAAGACGAAAAGCAAAAGUUUUUCGUCAAAGAAGUUUAUCCAAAUGAUAGGCCUAAAAGUCGACUUGACCCGCCAACUGAAUCCGAUAUUGUUGAUGUUUUCAAAACUGCCAAGAAUGGUACAAAUUUAAAGAAAUUCAUUUUUUCGAAUUUCCCAAACUGCUUAGAUUACGGCAAUUGUUUGGUUGAACAUAUGUUGAUUCAGGGUGGGUUUCCGUCUAAUGCCAAAAUUGGUGUUGAUUUCAAUAUUGACACGGAUAUUAAAAAAUUAUUGAAGUGCUUUGCUUUAGCUGAAACGUUUCUAGAUGAAGUAGCUUUAUUGAAAGGAGGUUUUAUCAUACAAAAAAUUGAUCAACAAGAAUUACCAGACGGUACCAAAAAAGAACUGUGUACGAAUCAAGAAUACCAUCCAUUUUUAUUUGCUCAAUACCAAAAUGUACCAUCCAAAACCUAUGAGAGUUUCAAUGAAUCUGUGGACGAAUUUUACUCAAAUAUGGAAAGUCAGAAGUACGACGUGAGAUGCAUGCAACAAGAAAAAGGAGCUGUGAAAAAAUUACAAAACAUAGUCAAAGACCACGAAGAACCUAAAAAGCUUCAAGAAGCUCAAAACGAAGAUAAAAUUAAAGCUGAAUUGAUUACCAACAAUUUAGACAUUGUUGAUAAUACUAUUAUGUUUGUGAGACAAGCUUUAGCAAAACAGCUGCAAUGGGAUGAGAUUUGGGAAAUGUUACAACAAAUCAAUUUUGAAGAUGGUGGCAAGACUUACGCGAUAGUUAAACAGCUAAAAUUAAAUGUCAACCACAUAACACUUGAACUUAUCGAUCCUUACGAUGAAGAUGGCGACACAAAUUCAAAAUUGAUGGAUAUAGAUUUAGGACAAUCUGCUUAUGGAAAUGCUCAAAGAUACUAUGGAUCUAAAAAACAAUCUGCUUCCAAAGAAAAGAAAACUAUCGAUUCGUCUAGUACAGUUCUGAAGAUGGCCGAACGCAAGACAAAGCAAACUUUAAAAGACAUGCAAGUCGUAGCGUCCAUAAACAAAGUUCGUAAGACGUAUUGGUUUGAAAAAUUCUACUGGUUUAUAUCUUCUGAGAACUAUUUAGUCAUCGCGGGUCGUGAUUCACAUCAAAAUGAAGUUAUAGUGAAAAGAUAUAUGAAGGCUUCUGAUGUGUACGUCCACGCUGGCUUUAGUGGUGCUACAACAGUUGUUAUCAAGAACCCCACUAGCCAGCCUGUUCCUCCUGCAACGCUCAAUGAAGCUGCUAUAAUGGCCAUAUCUUACAGUGUUUCUUGGUCGAUGAAAAUAAACAUUCAAAAUGCAUAUUGGGUAAAACCAGAACAAGUAACUAAAACUGCUCCUACGGGAGAGUACUUAACUACGGGUAGUUUUAUGGUUCGAGGAAAAAAGAAUUACCUGCCAGCGACUCAACUCAUAUUGGGAUUGAGUUUUCUUUUCAAAUUAGAAGACAGUUCUGUGUCUAGGCACGCCAACGAACGUAAAGUCAAAGGCCAAGAUUUUGACAGCUUAAAUACAAUUGAAGAAAAUACAGAAGAACUUGAAAAUGUAUCGAGCGAUGAAGAAUGUGAAAAAAAUGUAGAAAAAAGCAUAGAAAUACUAAACGAGAAUAAUUCCAGUGCUGUUCAAGGGGACGAUGAAGAUGAACUGUCGGAUAACAUAACGGUUCCAAGUAUUGGAAACGUUGAUGCUUCAAACUGUAUUGAAGAAAAUAAUGAGUCUGAAAGCGAGUCGGAUGAAAAACCCGAUGAUACUGCAGAAUCCGAAACCAAUGAUGAGCCUGUUGCAACAAAUCAAUCGGAUAUUAAUGAAAAUUCUAAGAACAAAAUUGAAAAAACUAUUCCACAAGUACUCAAACGUGGACAACGAGGAAAACUAAAAAAAAUUAAAGAAAAAUACAAGGACCAAGAUGAGGACGAAAGGGAACUCAGAAUUAAACUGUUGCAUUCAACUAUGAAUGAAGACAAAAAACUGAAACGCACCAAAAAAAAGGACAAGAAAAUAAAAAAAUCCAACAAUUUGAAGAACAAAGCUGCUGGUAUUAAAUCGAUAAAAGUACAGCCCAUUUUCAAUCCUGUAUUAGCAGAACCUGCCAAGAUACAAACGCAAGAAAAACCUCCAAAAGAAACCGAUUGCAAUGACAACUCGGAAGAUGAUGAAGACAAUAAAUUGACCGAUCCAGCAGAAACACAGAUGUUGGAUUCGUUAACCGGCAUUCCUUUACCAGAGGACGAGUUACUCUUUGCCGUACCCGUUGUAGCUCCUUACAGCGCUCUCACAAAUUAUAAGUACAAGUUAAAAUUGACCCCGGGCAACACUAAACGUGGCAAAGCAUCGAAAACCUGUGUCAAUCUGUUUCUGAAAGACAAAUCGGCGACGACUCGUGAAAAGAACCUAAUGAAAAGCGUGAACUUGCAAGACAUCGCUAGGAAUAUACCAAAUGGUGUUAAGCUUUCUGCUCCUUUGCUCAGUAAAGUCCUAAAUAAGUAGAUUGAAAAUCAUUAAUUAUUAUUGUUUUGUUUACCUGUCGUUGUUGUUUUUUGUCAACGCCGAUGUUGGCGUAUAACAAAGCGACUAUAAAGAAGAGUGAAUUUAUAAUUUUAUUGUCAUUACUUAUGAACGAGUAACUACAAUUUUUGUGUAAAAAUCAGUUUGGUAUAUAAAUAACAAUAAUAAUAAUAUUAUGAUUAUUGUUAAUCAUUUUUGUUAUUUUAAAACCAAUUUACUAGAGAAAUUGCAUGUUUCUUUAACAAGGCGCUAUAUUUUAAUAAUUUUGU